AUAAACAAGUCAAGAGACAUGCGGUGGUUUCACUGAUCCAGCAACAUCCUCAGUCCUGGCGGGGCUGACAGCAGUUUCUGAUGAACAGCAAUAAGGAAGAACGCGGAGCAGUUACUCAUUAACUCCAACAGACUUUACACUUCUCCGGUGAUGAAGCAAAAGGAACUUGUCCCAGCGUGGCGAUAGCGGAUUUCAAAACGGUAGGGGUCAUUUUAGGACUACACAAGCCUGAAGAUGAGCGACGUUUCUGAAGAUGACAAUGAGAUCUCUUUUUCAGUAAAGUUCCUGGGACGUGUGGAGGUGGUCCGCCCCGAGGGCCUGCAGAUCCUGACUCAGGCGGCACAGAUCCUCAAGACGCCAGAUGGAGACGCCAAAAAUAAAGUGCAGAAGAAGAGCAAAGUGUACCUGUUCCUGUCCAUGAGCGGAAUAGAUGUAUUGGAAAACAAAACCAAGUACAUGCUGUACACAUGCCCUCUCUCCUCUGUGUCGUUCUGCGGUGUCCUGCCCUCCUCACCCAAAGUCUUCGGCUUCUUGGCCAAACAUCCUGCCGCGGACAUGUACCACUGUUAUCUGUUCCAGAGCAAGAAGUUUUCUCAUGUGCUGGUCUCGAUUAUCGGAGAUGCUUUCCAAGCCUCGAAGAAAGAGGUGAAAACCAGAGGAGGGAGAGACCUGAUAGUGGAGGCGCUUCGGCACAAGAACAAAGUGUUGCAGAAUGAGAAUGCGGAGCUGAAGAGAAUGCUAGCACAAUCUAAGUGAAAAUACUACCGAUUGAUUAUUCUCACGCAAACACAAGCAAAGACUCCCCAGAUAGCAAAAUUGCUGUGCCCCGGACCCGUCCCAUACCCAACUUUCAUCUUUCUUUCAUCCAGCCCACAUACCGGUCCGCUCCUGUUUGCCAGAUCUGGGCCAGAACCAAGCCAUAGCAAUGCCACAUAUGCCACAUAUUUGCCAAAGGUGGGCCAUAUUUUUGUUUUGUGAUAUUUAGGCCAUAUUCACCAUUUACCACACGGGCCACUUCAGGGUCACAUCCAGAUUACAUGUUGCCAAGAGCACCACAUCUUUGCCAAAAAAGGCCCAUACUCAUCUACAGUAGUUCUGGCAUAUUUGGCAUAUUUGGGCCAUAGUUGCUAUUAUACAUUUGGGCCACUUCAAGCUGACAUCCGUUUUGUCAGGGCCAGAAGAUAUGCUUAGGGCCAGGGCCAGAGAUAUGCUUAAUACAACAAAUAAUCACCAUGACACUGAUUUAUUGCUUUCAUUGUUUUAUUUCACCACAAGGAAAACACACUUGAUUUACAAUGGCAGUACAACGUGAAGGAAAUGCUAAAUUACUCUGUUAUUGGUGUUAUAAUGAGUUUAAAUAAACAUGUGAAUGUUCAAAAACAUAGCCGUAAAUACUUGAUAAAAUGGUGUCUUUUGUGUAGAGUCUUCAGCUGUCAGUUUUUUUUGUCAGUGACAUCUGUAAUGAAUGAAAGGUCACGUGUUUAACUUGACCUACUCACGGAUGUACGUGCAGUGCAUGUGACGUAUACAGGAAGUGAGAAGCGCAUGUUAUGAAGGUUGUAACUCGGAUGAACGCUAGUAAAAGCUACACA